GCGCUGCAGCCGCGCCCGGAAAGAAGCGCGUUUGGAGGCCGAGGAGCUUCCAGACUUGUUGCGGAGCGGGAUCGAAUCGACUUCACCGUCUCACGCUUGUUGAUCUAAAUCUACUCUGCUCUUCAUCUGCCAUACCAAACACCUGUUCAUACACAGCACAACUUCCAAAGACAAAAGGAGAAACCACAAUGGGCUGGCUUCCAUGGUCGGGCGGAUCUGAGUCCCCCAAGGCCUCCGACGGCGGCCGCAUCGCACCGGACCGCUCCUCGCGCGAACAAUGCUACAUCGGCCGGGACCUCUUCUUCAACUGCCUGGACCGGAAUGAUAUCGUCGAUGCGAUCAAGUAUGACAAGGAGGCACGGCGAAAGUGUGGCAAGGAGAUUGCGGAGUUCGAGACCGCUUGCUCCAAGACUUGGGUGAAAUACUUCAAGGAGAAGCGGGUCAUGGAAUGGAACCGGGAUCAGACCAUCGAGCGGAUAAAGCGCGAAGAGGCGGCAAAAAAUGCUGAAAAGGCGCAAUGAGCAUGAAACAAGAUGAGAGAAUGAAGAUGCAUUAGGGCACGGAGUCAAAAAAGAGUUUCUUUGCUGGUUCUUCGAAGCAGAUAACACUGUACUAUAUUUUGUCUUUUACGACCAUCAUACCAAAUUCUGCUUAUAAUAUGACAAUAAAAAUAGCACACC